CAUCAACUUUCAUCUUUUUACUUUGUAAAAGUCGCAAGCAAUUAUACCCAACCCUACCUUUUCACGAAUAAUACCAACCUCUUUGUGAUACCCCAUACCCUCACCUAGGAUACCAACCGCUCUCCCAUUACUUCCUCUGCCUCAAGGACCAACACAUACAGCACAUCUCUGGCCAUCGACAUUUUAGCCCUAUCGAAGUCGUUCCAUCCAUUCCUGGUCCAAAACACCCAGCACCAUCUCGAGGCGUAAUAUUACACAUUCACAGUCUGUCGCCAACAUGACUUCCAACGCCAACGUCAACAAGCCCACAAACACCGAGGUGAAGGAGGCCGACGUCAACCGAAAGCUUCAGCUCUACGGUAUUGCCUCUGCUUUCCAGAAUGGCAAGAUUCCUUCGAACGAUCAAAUCGACGUCGCACUAAACAGCUUCCUCGCCUCUCGCGCCCUCUCGAACCCUCACGAAAAGCUCUCUGAGGAAGGCAAGAUUCUUGUCAAGGAUGCGCGCGAUGUUAUUCAGCAGGCCAAGUACCUUCUUCUAUCCAAGAAUGAGGGCAACUUGAUCCAGGACUUUGUCUGGCAGACCACUCAGUUUGACGCCAAGAGUGUCAACACUCCCAAUGCUCCCCUCAGCAAGGAUGCUGCCAAGAAGGACGGCGAUGAGGCUCUCAACGGCCUGAGGACUCUUGGUACUCUUCUGAUCACCAACGGCCAGUUCCGAAAACUUCUCCAGGAUUCCACUAUCCUCUUCCGCGACAUGGCUGGCGAUGCCGCUACCAACGCUGCUGCCCGCGUCCGUCCCUCGGAUGAGCAGCUUCGACAGAUUGACGAGCCUGCUCAGGACAAUGUCUGGCAUGAAGCUCCCGACUUCUCCAAAGACAGCUUCAAGCAGCAGGCCAAGGGUUUCUACAGUGGAAACCCCAAGGAGGACGUCAAGGACACUGCCGCCGCUGGUCUCAAUGCUGCCGUUCCCCAGCAGGAACAGCAGGGACAGCAGGGACAGCAGGGACAGCAGGGACAGCAGGGCACUUACUCUCAGAACGUUGACCCUCAGUCUGGAAAGAGUGCUGCUAAGCAGGCCGUUGAUGCUAAGCUCAAUGACAAGGUCGACCCCGAGACCAAGCAGAACAUUCUUCAGCGCAACGAGGAGUACCGCCGUCGCGCCCGUGAGUACUUCGACAAGAAGAUGCCCCAGGAGCGCAAGGACCAGAUCAUCUGGCGCCUCAAGAAGAUGAUUCUUGAGUGCCAGCAGCACGAGGACUACUCCCAGGCCAUCCAGACUCUCCUCCGUCUGGCUGAGACCUACGGCAAGCACGGCCGCACCUACGGUCAGGGAUCCGCUGGUACUGCCAAGGAGGCCCGAUCCGGGUUCUCUGCCGCCGAGUAUGAUUUGCGCACUAUUAUUGAGCGAUUUGCCAACGGUACCUCGACUGAGGAUCUUUGGGACUCGAUCGGCCAGAUCUACCGCGAUGCUGACAAAGACCGGGAGCUCAAGGACUGGUUCAAGGCCAUGGACUCUUACAUCCGUCGUUGCCUGCUUCAGCAGGGCUACAUCCUGGAGGACGAGUCUACUCGCGAGUGGGAUCAACUCUAUGAGCAGGGCCGAUUCCUUCUCCGCGACAAGUACCGUGGUCACACCGACCGUGUCGUCGAUGAGAUCAAGUUCCUUGCCGAUCAGUUCGAUCAGGAUGCUCAGAACCAUGCAUUCGCCCAUUCUCUUCAGAAGCUCUUCAAGGAUCUCGGCAACGAUGCUGACGGCAAGCCAGUCUUCAAGCCUCAUCUUAUUAAGGAUCUGAGGGAUGUUAUUCUCCCGGCUGUCUUUGAGAACAUUGCCUACAUUCCCAUUCCUCGCAUCGAGUACACCGACUCCCAGUUCGAUGCCAUCAUCGAGAACUUGGUUCUGGAGAGUGACAACUUUGCGCCCAACGUCUUUGAGCUCUCGAGCGAGCACUACUUCCGCUGGGGCCGCAAGAAGAUUGCCAACAAGAACCAUCAGACCAUCGAGGUCAAGGUGGCCGGUAUCCAGAUGGAUCUGCGCGACGUCAGCUUCCACGUCAAGCGCAAGCAGGGCUUUCCUUCCAUCACCGACACUGGUGUUGCCGACAUCAUCUUGCCUGGCGAUGGCUUCUCCUUCAAGAUGAAGGUGUCGACCGCUGACAAGAAGGAUCGCCAGAACUAUUUCAAGGUUGACAAGGUUGAUGUCGACUUUAAGAAGCUCCAGAUCAAGAUCAAGAAGUCAAGCCACAAGCUUCUCUUCGCCCUGGUCAAGCCACUCAUGCUCAAGGCCAUCCGCCCCCCUCUGCAGAAGGCAGUUGAGAAGGCCAUCAAGGAUCAGUGUAACAAGCUUGAUGCCUUCAUGUUCCAGAUCAAGCAGGAGGCGGAGCGCGCCGCCGCUGAGGCCAAGAGCGAUCCUCAGAAUGCCCCCAACAUCUACAACCGCUACUACACUGCCGCCCAGCAGCAGAUGGCCAAGGGCAAGAAGAAGGCCGCGGAUGCUACUCAGGACAAGAAGGCCAACAUCGCCAUGACCAAGGAGGACAGCAUCUUCCCCGACAUCUCCCUCCCUGGUGGCAUCAGCACCAAGGCUACCGAGUACAGGGAGCUUGCCCGUAAGGGUGACAAGUGGGAGAGCCCUGUCUUUUCCAUUGGCUCUGCCAAGAAGAGCACCGACAUUCCUCCUGCGCCCAAGAUCCAGCGCAAGGCUCAUCCCGUUUCUGACGUUGGCCCCAGGUCUCCUGACGCUGGAAACGGCUCUUACCUCCCCGGUAAUGGCCACCAGGCGGGCAACGGUCAUACCCACACUGGCAACGGUCACAGCCACGGUAACGGUAAUGGUGCUUUGAACGGCAAGGACCUCGAUGGUAACGGCAACGGUUAUCACCUGAACGGCAACGGCAAGCAUUCGCAGACUGGCAACGGCUACGGUCUUGGAAGUGGUCACACCGCGUAUGGUGGCCAGGGCCUGCCCACUGGUCAGCCCAUCAGCACCAUCUAGAGAGACGGUGAUGAAGAUGCGGACAGGCGGCAGGGGAGAGACAGCGAAGAAGUGUUGACGUUAUACCCAUGGUGAAGGAUUUUGAGUUUUGUUUUGACUUGUUUUCUUGAUACCACGACGGUAAUGAAGAUGGAUGGAUAAAGCAGAAAAAGACUGGUACUUGGUUAGGAAAAACGGUGGAGAGAUAAUUACUUAGUUAUGACCGUUUCCUUUGUUAAUGACUAUACGCAUUGUUCAGACAA